ACCCAUGAAGCGGCGCGGGAUUGGCUGCCGGGGAGGGAGGCAUCUCUCGCGCGUUCGCUCGUUCGCUGUCCCCGCCGCCCCCGUUCUGUAAAUAGCGUUGCUGGACGGGGUCUGGCGGCUGCUCGCCGUGGCGUAAGUCGACCUCUCUCUGGAAGAGAGCUCUGCCAUUAAGGUUUUCAAUCAUGCUGCAAGCAUUCAAACACACGGGGGGUCAGUUUGAGAGACACCUUUCAAGAUGGCAGCAUUAUCAUAAGUCUGUCCUGGCAAUCAGGAGGGAGGAUGUUAAUGCCUGGGAAAGAAGAGCCCCUCUAGCACCACGCCAUGUCAAGAUGUUGACCAACUUGGGGUACAAAGUUCUGGUGCAACCAUCUAAUCGCAGAGCCAUUCAUGAAAAGGACUAUAUUAAAGCUGGAGGCAUUAUACAAGAAGAUAUUUCCCAGGCUUGCCUUAUUGUGGGUGUGAAGAGGCCUCCAGAAGAUAAGCUAAUUCCCAACAAGAACUAUGCAUUCUUCUCCCAUACUAUCAAAGCUCAAGAGGCAAAUAUGUCCUUGCUGGAUGAGAUCCUAAGCAAGAAUAUUCGAUUGAUAGAUUAUGAGAAAAUGGUGGAUCACAGAGGAGUGCGAGUUGUAGCCUUUGGAAAGUGGGCUGGAGUUGCAGGUAUGAUCAAUAUUUUACAUGGAAUGGGAUUACGUUUUCUUGCUUUGGGACAUCAUACUCCAUUCAUGCAUAUUGGUAUGGCUCAUAAUUAUAGAAAUAGCAGCCAGGCUGUUCAAGCAGUUCGGGAUGCUGGCUAUGAAAUUUCCCUAGGCUUGAUGCCAAAAUCUAUUGGGCCCCUCACAUUUGUGUUUACAGGUACUGGUAAUGUCUCUAAGGGUGCCCAGGAAAUGUUUAACGCUCUGCCUUGUGAGUUUGUGGAGCCCCACGAAUUGAAGGAGGUCUCUAGAACUGGAGACCUUAGAAAAGUAUACGGAACAGUACUAAGUCGACACCAGCAUCUUAUAAGGAAAAGUGAUGGGGUAUAUGAUCCAGUUGAAUAUGACAAGCAUCCAGAACUCUAUACAUCACGGUUUAACACAGAUAUUGCACCCUAUGCUACUUGCGUGAUAAAUGGAAUCUACUGGGAGGCGAAUACUCCACGCUUGCUAAGCAGGCAGGAUGCACAAAAGCUUUUGACUCCUCUCCAGCCUUCUCCUGCUGCUACAGAAGGCUGUCCUGAAUUGCCACACAAACUUGUUGCAAUAUGUGACAUCUCAGCAGACACUGAAGGAUCUAUAGAAUUUAUGACAGAAUGUACAACAAUUGAUAGUCCAUUUUGUAUGUAUGAUGCUGACCAGCAUAUUAUUCAUGACAGUGUGGAGGGAUCUGGGAUUUUGAUGUGUUCCAUUGAUAACCUACCAGCUCAGCUUCCUAUAGAGUCAACAGAAUGUUUUGGAGACAUGCUCUUCCCCUAUAUUGAAGAAAUGCUCCUCUCUGAUGCUUCAGAGCCCCUGGAAAGCCAGAAUUAUUCACCUGUAGUUAGAGAUGCAGUGAUUACAUCCAAUGGUUCACUGACUGAUAAGUAUAAAUAUAUCCAGAAACUGAGGGAGAACAGGGAAUAUAUGCAAUCCCUGACCAUGGAUAAGAAAAAAAAGGUUUUGAUACUUGGAUCUGGAUAUGUUUCUGGGCCUGUAAUAGAAUAUCUUACAAGAGACCCCAAUGUUGAAAUAACAGCAGUUUCUUCGUUGAACCUUUGUCCUAGAACAGUCUCUGUCAUGAAGAUUCAACUUGAGCAGUUGUCCAAGAAAUACAAUAAUGUUGUUCCCAUCAUUACGGACAUCACAGAGGAUGAGAGGUUAUCAUCAUUGGUGAAGAAACAUAAUCUUGUUAUUAGUUUGUUACCAUAUUCAUUCCAUCCUUUGGUUGCUAAGAAAUGCAUUGACAGCAGAGUGAAUUUGGUGACCGCGAGUUACCUGACGCCUGAAAUGAAAGAACUACAGGAAAGUGCAGAGGCAGCUGGCAUUACCAUUAUCAGCGAAAUGGGUUUGGAUCCUGGUCUUGAUCAUAUGCUGGCAAUGGAAUGUAUUGACAAAGCAAAAGAAGUGGGGGCUACG